AUGGCUUCUAAUCUCGACAAUGUGGAUAUUUCGGAGCUCAGAAAGAUGGCAUGGGACCUAUAUUACACUUGCAAUUCUAUCUCUGGGGAUGCCCCGGGCGGCUUCAGGCAGCUUGUGGCUAGUCUGGAAUCCCUGAAUGGCAUUUUUCAGAAUUUGGGAGACGAUGCUACCUCGAAGAACUCAGAGAUCGGGGAAGAUGAAGAGCGCAGACUUAUCCUGCAGCGAUGCCUGAAAUCGUGCUCUGUCACCUUGCAGCAACUUAGGGAGGUAGUCGAACUGUAUCGGUCUUUGAAUGCCGGAACCGGGAAGCAGUUAUGGCAGACAUUAGACUGGAUGACACAGCAAGGAUUCAUUGACGAACUGAAUUCCAAAAUAGUGGCCCAUACAUGCCAUCUGGGCUUGUGUGGGGGUUCGAUUAGCCACUCAUCCCUAGAAAGGACUGAAAGCUCCGCGACGAAAGCUUCAGGGAAAGACAUACCUCCCCCGACUCCGUCGUCUUUGCAGAUGCAAGAUGAAGUCUCGCCUAUCUCAUUUUCAAUACCCGUACUUCGCCCCCACAAUGCACAUAUUAUGCCAGAGUUGGAUGGAACGGAACUCGCCAGUUCAAAUACUGCCCGCACCAAUGCACAACACAUACCAGGAGAUCACACUCGGGUUUCCGCGUCUUCCGAAUCUUUUGUAUCCGGGCACUCCGAUGGGUCUAUUUUCACAGCUGCCACACGCACCUCACCUAGUACCCCAGCUACGGCAAGCUUUGGCCCCCUACACAUGAUAGCUUCGGAUGCAUAUUCAAUCGAAAAAGAAGUGGUUUGGUCUCGGGGCCCCGGGUCUGGAAUUUCGAGUGCACAACAUCAGCGACAGAUUCAGCGGUCCAACUCAAUCAAACCAGGCGAGUCAACUCUGUGGGGUAGCACGGGUCAUCCAGGGGCUGAUGCCAUUCAAGACCUCCAUCAACGUCAAUUGCGGGAGCAGCUCCUCAAAUCGCUGCGAUUUGAACCACGGGAUAGAUUUCACCAGCCUGAUGCUGAGCUCCUCGUUAAAUUUGGUAAUCUGGCCCAUAAACAAGAGCGCCCCCAACAUCUUACGACGAAAGGUUGGCUGUUAGUUGCAAUAUGGUGGCUUCUAAAGACGCUGUCGGAAGACGAGAACAAGAAGUUAAUUUCAGAUUUGUCAGAAGGCAUUAAAGCAGACUUUGCUCAAUUUAGUACUGUUGAUAUUCCUGACUACGCUACCACUCACUCACAAAGCCUCGACAUUUGGGAGCCCGUACAACCUGAAGAGAUAACAGGCAGUGAAGGUCAACCUUCUAGCCCGGGAAAUAUCUGUUAUAUAACAGUGGAGAUGGAGGACGCCGGCAAUGAAGAUGAACAAGUGCUUUUUCGGACUUUUGUGAAUGCAGGUAUCGGGAGCAAGAAGCUCCGUAUGCGAACCAGAGGGGCUCCAUAUAUGCUCCUGUUGUCCACCAGGUAUGGGGAAAGUGAGCCCAAAAUUACGAUCUGCAACCAGUACGGCACUUUUUGUCUUCAGAGGGACUUAACACCGAGAGAUCUGGAUCAGUUGACUCAGGUCUCAGGUUUGACUCUUGACCGCCUCCCUACAAGGAUAGCAGAACCUGUGACACUGAGGUUUGACACCACGAGUGUGUCAAUCUCGUUCCAAUACCUGUCAGAUAUGAUGCAAGUCAUCAAUAUGCCCAAGGCGUAUUUUGACGCGGUCCAGUUACGAGAACCAUUGGAGUCAGACCAAUUCACUGAGACUGUUGUGUUCAAAAGCUCUGCCGAGUCGCUCGAGCUGUUAAGGGUGCCCAAUAUGACUUCCACUCGUCCUCCUACGGUACAUAGGUCUUGCGAGGUGCGCAUCCUAGAAAGGUCCUUCAAGGAGGCAUGGUGCUCUGUUCGGCGCAUAGUUAUCUGCUCUUCAACACCCGAGAAUAGCGGGCAAAUUCUGGAAUUUUUCAUGCCACUGAGUCAUGUGCAGGUCAGUCGCACCCAGGCUUCGGGCUUUAUGCUGCUGAAAUGGUCAGACACCGGUCAGGAGAGGUCAAGCAAGACAGACGGGAACUACCACCCCCUUUACUCCUACGUCUACGACGGCAGCAAUCCUAACUUAGGGAUUGGUAUUCAAUUUCGCUACCCGGAGCAGGCAGAUAGGUUAGAGAAGGCCGUUCUAGGCCGGAGUACAGAGCCCGUCUUCGCCUGGUCUCAGAUCAAAAGCUCGGGCCAAGUCUACGACGUUGUCGAUUCCGCACUGGAAGGGAAACGUUACAAGGCAGUGAUGCUAUGUCGAACUCGCGGGGAGUGGAAGCAAAGCAGUCUACACUACCUUGUCCGGGACAUGGACUACGUUUAUGAUAAUUCCACUCUCCGGGUCAAAUUCCCUCAUUCACUUUAUGCAAAUUAUAUCUCAUCACACGUUGACCAGUUAUAUCGCGCGGACCAGCGAGUGUUCUUCUCUCACUGCGAAAAGGAGUUCAGAGAAAUGGUCGUGGAGUUCAACGAGGAGCACAUUCUGCGGGCUUUCAUGACCUCACUCGCACCAUCGCACGAGCUAAUAUACUCCAGACGGACUACCUCCCUUAUGACGAAAGGAAAGUUACUACUGGGUCGCAGGAAGUCUGUCAAAGGCGACUCACAGGUGCAACUAUGGCGAGAUUCGGAAGCCCUUCGUCUUGCUGCCCGUUGGAGCGACCAGGUCACGGACCGGUGGCUCACGAUGACCAUACCGUCGUCUGAACUAUCGCGGGUCGGUAAUCUUGUUAGCUUCCCCCCGAGCAGCUAUUCUCGGGGAAUGAUCCUCAAUAUGUCCAAGAUAGCAGCAGGGGCUGCCAAGAACCCGAGCAAGGAGCACAAAGUUGGGCCGAUCACGAUCAUGUUUCCCAACCAGAAAUGUAUGUUUAUACAUGAAUCUUAUGUGAUGAUUUGA